ACUUGGAGGGGGACUGUGCAGUUGUUGAUACUAACCAAACCCAUAGUUACAUAUACCCCUGGCAGUAGCACUAUGUGAUGGCAUGGAUCAUUGGUGGGCUGCCGAGAGUGAGCCAGCGCUAAGCUGCUUAGUCUGUUCCACGAUUCUCGUCAACAGUCAACAGUUUGAAUGAACAACCCCUCUUAUGAUCCCAAUCGUCAGUGCAAACUUCGAACACACAUAACAUCAUGGACCCCAAACAAAGUGAUGCUGAGUGGGCGGAGCUCAUCUCCGGUUUGAAGGCUUCGCUUCCAGACAAACUCCCCGUGUACCCGGCCCCGGCGCCUUCCGCGGUUAACCGCACGGUCGACCACACCCAGCUGGCAUUGACAGCAACCGAGCAGCAAAUCAAUGAACUAUGUGCAGAAGCCCUCGAACACAAGUUUGCGACGGUCUGCGUCCGCCUGAAUCACGUCGCGCAAGCCGUUCAGAAGCUCCGCGCGGACCCCGACGUCACGGUAGCCUGCGUUGUGGGGUUUCACGAGGGGAUGUAUGAGACCGCAGAGAAGGAGCAGGAGGCCCGUGAAGCGGUCCGGUUGGGUGCGGCAGAAUUGGAUAUGGUGCUCAAGUACCCGCUGCUGAAGGAGGGAAGGUUUCUCGAAGUCUACCAGGACAUCGUAGGCGUGCGAAAUGCCGCUCCGCCUCCGACUACCCUCAAGGUCAUCCUGGAGACGUCGCAACUGACGCGGGACGAAAUCAUCGCGGGCUCUGCAAUCGCGAGCAUUGCUGGGGCGGACUUCAUCAAGACCAGUACUGGAUUCAAUGGGCCGGGCGCCAGUGCGGACAAUGUCGCUCUCAUGCGGGCGGUUGCGGAGUUGGUCGGCAAAGGGAGCCGGGUCAAAGCCAGUGGAGGAGUACGGUCUCUGGAAGCUGGGAUCCAGAUGGCACAGGCAGGAGCUGAGCGGAUUGGGACCAGCUCAGGUGUGAAAAUCAUGCAGGAGGCGAGGGGAGGUGCUAGCCAGGAGUUGAACACGAAGGGCGAGGGAUACUAGAUAGAGCCGUUGUCGGAAAACAAUUGAUCACGGGCCAUUUCUAGUCGCCCAACUGUCAGAUUUAGAUGAGUGGACGAUCGUGAUGAUGACAUCGUGUGG